ACGGGCUGCGGGAGGCGGGGGCGGUGCCUGGUUCCGAGGCUCUGGGUGCGGCAGGGACGCUCCUUCCCCCUGCGUUGGCGGUGGGUUUCCUGUCGGAGGGGUCCUCUUCUCCCCUCCUCGACUCCCGCUUUGGACUUGGUGGCCGAUGACGUUCUUUCUCGUGGAAGGCGAAGCCCGCGUUACUGCCACAGCCACGAAGCCCCGAGCAUUUAGCACUUUGGGGAAGAUGCUGCUCGCCUUUUGGGAACUUGUGUUGGAGCAGCCGGGGGGUAGAAUAUUUGCAGGGGUGAAGCGGCCUGAGGUGAUAUGAGUCUUUUGACAUAAUGAGGUCGUGCAGGGGCUUUUACCUGCACGUUUUAUGCAUUUCAAGUAUGGACUGUAUGCGCCCCGCCCUCCUAACUCAGGGUGUGAAUCGAGGCCAGUGGGGGAGCAGAAAAAGCAGAGCCCCUCCAGGCUACAGAAGAAGCCCGACUUUUGAGGGCACUGUCUGCAGGAGCCGUCUCCAGUCCUUCUCUGAGAGGGAGACCAGGUGAUGGCAGCCAUGCUUCUGACAGCCUGGCCCCAGGUGAGCUGUGGGUCCUUCAGCUCUUCCUCUGAGCAGUUUCACAUUGAAGAAAACUGAGAAGGGAAUCUGGUGAGCCUUCCUAUGAAAGCUGGAGGGGCCCUCCAUGCUUCUGCCUGCCAGACUGGAGCUUGUGGGAAGAGCGAUGAUAUGGAGGGAUAGGGGCCAGAGACCAGGACAGGCAAGACAGAAGUGUCUGGAAGGCAGAAAUAUAGUCUUCUGCACACCAGUUUGCUUUGCUCCCCCAGCAGAGGGCUUUGGUGAAUGAGAGACAUGGAAGCUGCCCAUGAAUGGAAGAAGAUAGCAGGGGACUAGGAUUCCAGGGAGGGGGGUGUAGAUAAAGAGGACUAGCAGGACCAGAUCCACAUAAAGAAUGGCUGCGCCUCUAAUUCCAGGGGAAGGGGACAUAAGGAGAGUGGGAUCAAGGGAGGGAAAAAAGACAGGAAGUCCUGUGUCUCAUUGUGUCCUGGGGAGGCUUUCAGGGCUUGGGGUGCAGUGGCCAGGCUUUAGGUCUCUGAUAAGAGCUCUGGAUCCUCUCCCCAGAAUAACAUGCAAACGAAAAUUUCCAUACGAUUUCAGGGAUUUCAUGGACCCCACUGAUGCUCAUCCAGGGACCUCCAUGGGCUACAGUUUGGGAAUAAUCAUAGUCACAGUAACUCCAGUUACACCAUUUGAGGCUUACUACGCCGCAGGCACCAUACUAAGCACUUUACAUGGAUCACUCAGUCCUGACAGACGCCCUGGGAGAUAGGCGCUGUGUUGCGUUCAUUCUACCACAAAAGAAACAAAGGCAAAGGGGAGUGAAGUGACUUGUCAUUGUGUGACUUAACUGUUCAGCCCUAUGACACCUGUGGAGCCAGUGAAGUUGACGAGGUCAGGUUUCUGAUGCCUGUGUGGGGACUAAUUUUGAGGGGAGUUUUAAAAGCAAGGUGACCACUUCAGAAAGAGUCCUAUUGGUCUAGGUGACAUAGGCUUCAUUAAGGCAAGUAGUUGCUAAAGAGGGAGACCCAAUUCAAGUAAUGCUUAACAUAAAAAUCUCUAGGAGGAAGAGUCAAAAGAUUGGGGUGGGGUAAGGGGGAGGGAGGAGUCAGGAACGAAUCCCCAGGUUUCUUUCCUUCGCGGAUGGUGGUGGGUGACACCAGCUGAGGUUUGAAUUAAGGAGGAGGCACCAGUCGUGGGCUAAAAGGGGAUGGUGGGCGACAGCGAAGGCAUUUAAUUUUGUACCAAGAAUUUCUUGUCUUAUCCAAGUCACACGAUGAAUGACUCACAGAAGUGCCCACAAGUUGGACUAGAAUUGUUGAUGGGUGGAGGCCCGUAGAAUCAAGCAAGACAGGUCCUGGCAGAGAGCAGUUGAGAGGCAACUCGCUGCCAGUGUGUCCCCAAGGUUGUUACAGAAGGCCGAGGUGGGUAGAGCGAGGGCAGCCAGAAGUGGCAGCUGCCGGGAGGGGAGGAGGUGGGCCUGGGAGCGGCUCGGCCAUCAGCCCUGAUGGUGGAGCCUGUGCUGAGUGCCGAGCGCCGAGUGAUGCAGAGGAGCGGCUGAAAAGAUGGCUGACCUCCCUUCUUUCCCAAACCUCCUUGGAGAGACAGUGAAGUCUUGGGUGAAGUUGGACAGGAUAAGGCUUGACUGGGAGAGGGUAACAGAAAAUGGGUUUUUGGCGAGAGCCAUUUGCGAGCAGGAUGGGCUGCCUGCUCUCACCCCUCCCUCCACCUCCACGGUGCCCAGCCGAUCUGGGCAGCACUGAGCUUCCUCUGCUGAAGGCGCUGGAGCAGAGGCUAUGCAGCCUUUUGUAGGGGGUCCAUGAUAGAAAUCAGGUGGGGCUGGGUGAGAUGGAAGCCAUGGCUGUUCUUUGGGCGCGGCUUGAGGUUUGAGGGUGAGGGCGAGGGCGAGGAAGUGGGAAAGCCUGUGGGUGGGCCCAGAGCUACUUCCGCCAGUGAGGGCACGGCCUGACUGAAAGAAAGCAGUUGCGUUAGGGGAACUUGGUCAUGGGAGGUGUUUUUCUUUCAUCUCAACUUAUGUCAUCCUUUGUAAGUGUGAAAUAUGGCAUGAGGUUUCUCUGCUGUGAGCCAGGUCAGAUAUUCCACGCUUUACCUUCCAAGUGUUUUUCUCAAAUCUUUCCCCCUGUUAUUAAUUUUGUGCUCUUCACAAGCCCCUCCUCAAGCCCUCAUACUGCCCUCUGCCCCUCACCUAGGGCAUGAGCCAUGGAAUUGGCCCCUAGGGCAGCAGGAACCUGUUGUUUCAGAAGUCGGUGACCUUUGAGGACGUGGCUGUGUACUUCACCCAGACGGAGUGGGAUGGCCUGUCCCCUGCACAGAGGGCUCUGUACAGGGAUGUGAUGCUGGAGAAUUAUGGGAAUGUGGCCUCCCUGGGAUUUCCCCUUCUCAAACCUACUGUGAUCUCACAGCUGGAGGGAGGAGGUGAGCUGGAGGGCCCAUCUCCACUGGCCUCUGGAACAGGCACAGGCCCCCAGGGCCUCUGGACUGUAAAUAUUGAUAUCCAGACUGACAAUAAUUUGACAGAGGAAAUGUAUGAAGAAAAACAUAAUACAUCAUUUGAACUUCAAAGGAACUCUUCCCAGGAAACAGACUUUUCAGAAACUUAUAUUCUAGAGAAACAGCGGGAAGUCCACUCAGUAGGAAGUAUGGAGAAAGAAAACAGGAGUGUCAUUGAUGGGACAGUGAAAGACAAUAUAAGCCCCAUGGAGGAGUGUUGCUUUAGGCAAAGUCCAAACUUGAAUCAGUGUCAUACCAUCUCCACUGGAGAGCAGUCCCCUGAGUGUACAGGAUUGGAGAAAGCCUUCAGCUUUGACACAAAACUUAUUCAACAUGAAAUAAUUAAUUCUGGGGAAAGACCUUUCAAAUGUGAAGAAUUAGUGGGAAGCUUUAGGUGUAACUCUCAACUUAAUCAGGAUCAAGAUAGCUACACUGGGGAGAAGCCCCAUCAGCAUAAGGAGUGUGGCAAAGCCUUUAGCGUUAAUGCAAAAUUAAUUUGGCAUCAAAGACUUCACAGUGGGGAGAAGCCCUUCAAAUGUGUAGAGUGUGGAAAAAGCUUCAGUUACAGUUCCCAUUAUAUCACACAUCAGACUAUCCACAGUGGGGAGAAGCCCUAUCAGUGUAAGGUGUGUGGAAAAGCCUUCAGCGUUAAUGGGAGUCUGAGUAGGCAUCAGAGAAUCCAUACAGGAGAGAGGCCCUAUCAGUGCAAGGAGUGUGGGAAUGGCUUUAGCUGCAGUUCUGCAUAUAUCACACAUCAGAGAGUCCACACUGGAGAGAAACCUUACGAGUGUAAUGACUGUGGGAAAGCUUUCAAUGUUAAUGCAAAAUUAAUUCAACAUCAGAGGAUCCACACUGGAGAGAAACCUUAUGAAUGUAAUGAGUGUGGGAAAGGCUUCAGGUGCAGCUCCCAGCUUAGGCAGCAUCAGAGCAUCCACACUGGAGAGAGACCCUAUCAGUGUAAGGAGUGUGGAAAAGCCUUUAGUAAUAAUGCAAAACUCAUUCAGCAUCAAAGAAUUCACACAGGGGAGAAACCCUAUGAGUGUACUGAAUGUGGAAAAGCCUUUGGCGUCAAAGGGAAGUUAAUCCAGCACCAGAGAAUCCACACGGGUGAGAAACCCUAUGAGUGUAAAGAGUGUGGGAAAGCCUUCAGGUGUAACUCCCAGCUUCGGCAGCAUCUGAGAAUCCACACCGGGGAGAAGCCCUAUGAGUGUAAUGAGUGUGGAAAGGCCUUCAACGUUAAUGCAAAACUAAUGCAGCACCAGAGGAUUCACACUGGGGAGAAGCCCUUUGAAUGUAAUGAGUGUGGGAAAUGUUUUACUUCUAAAAGAAACCUACUUGAUCAUCACCGAAUCCACACUGGAGAAAAGCCUUAUCAGUGUAAGGAAUGUGGGAAAGCCUUCAGCAUCAAUGCCAAACUAACUAGGCAUCAGAGAAUACACACUGGGGAGAAACCAUUCAAAUGUAUGGAAUGUGAGAAAGCGUUUAGCUGUAGUUCUGACUAUAUUGUACAUCAGAGAAUCCAUACUGGAGAGAAACCCUUUCAGUGUAAGGAGUGUGGAAAAGCCUUCCAUGUUAAUGCCCAUUUAAUUCGGCAUCAGAGAAGCCACACUGGGGAGAAACCCUUCAGAUGUGUGGAGUGUGGCAAAGGCUUCAGCUAUAGUUCUGACUGUAUUAUACAUCAGACUGUCCAUACUUGGAAGAAACCCUAUGCGUGUAAUGUGUGUGGGAAAGCCUUCAGGUUUAGCUUCCAACUUAGUCAGCAUCAGAGUGUCCAUAGUGAAGGAAAAUCCUAAUAAGGAUGUAGAAAACUGUCAAGGUUAAUGCUGAACUAGAUCAAGUAUCCUCAGAUUCACCCUGGUGGAAAACCCUGAGAGAGAAAUGGAUACGGCAGAGUCUUCACAAGGAAACAAAUCUUUUCCAUUUUGUUCAAUUUUAGAUCAAGAAUGACAACCAGUUUUAAAAUAACAUCCAAAAAUAAGUAGUUUGUUUUAUACCAACAACCAAUAGAAAAUAUAAUGAAAGAAAAUAUCCCAUUCCCAACAGCAUCAAGAAAAGUUGAUUUUCUAGAUAUAAACUUACUAGGACCUAUGUGGAGAAAUUAUAAAUCUCUGCUGAGGGGUACAAAAGGAAAGUUAAAUAAAUGGGGGGAGAGAGAGUGAUACCUUGUUUUUAGGUAGAAAAACUCAUAAAGAUACUACCUACCUAAAUUAAUUUAUUGCCCUUUUACUUUGACAACAAGCAUGCAUCACUUUUGUAAAGAGGAAAAACAAUAAAGAGUUCCUUAAGGAAAAAA